CAACAACACAACAGGAGGAGAUGGCGGUGUGGUGAACGACUUGGACUUCUGCUUAAAACGUUUCUCUCCAGUUUCACCAAAGUGCCUGCGGUCCUUCAGCUCCAGUUGAUAAGAUAUCCUGUUCAAAGUAUUUCAAGAGGAUUCCAGGCUCCUUCAUAGAGAAAGUGGAAUAAGCUUCAUAACACACCAGCAUUCAGUAAGACGGGGAACUCUGGACUGGGAGUGAUGCAGGCUUCAGACAUCUCUGAGCCACUGUCCUUGGUCAAAAAUGGCAUUAAGAAGUGUUGUAAUAAAGUCCCACUCGUGACAACAGUAGCUCUCAAGGACAUGGACUCACAGUUUUCACACCUACGCUACCAGCCUGUCUGCAGAGGGAGCGACACCAAGUGAUGGAGAAGACAACAGUUACAAGAACAUUCAGUAAUGGAGGAAACUGCAGUGGAGCCAAAGUGAAAGAAGACUUCUUUACAUCACGCAGGCACAGCAGCGCUGGGAUCCGUGCUCUCUUAUGGGCUACCAGCAGUGCAAAGUCCCUUGGGUGCUCUCUAGGAUCAGACUUUCAGACAAGCCGGGAGAGCAUAUUUCCAAACAUCCUGACACCUGACAGCAUCCCACAGUUCACCAUCCCGAGUCUGUCUGUGCAGAACAGUCUGAUAUCAUUAGACCGAGAGGAAGAGGAUACAGAGCUGGAAGAAGGUUUGGGGGAUUCUGGGAUUGAGCUGGAGUCAUCUCUAUAUUCCUCUACUUCCUCCAAGCUCUCAUCCUCUGUAUCGUUCCCAGGUGCCAGUUUGAUUCUCUCAGACCGUAAGGCUGAGCGCAGUGUCUCUGACCCCUUAGCCCAGAGGAAAUCUCAUCUUCAAAGGGAAGUUUCCUAUUCCUCCUCCCACACCGAUGCCCAGCAUUGCCUGGACCCUGCCAGCAGAGCUGCUCUCUCCCUACCACAUCUCACCAAGGUCACCACACCGUACGGCUUUGUCACCCUGAGUCAGAGCCCACAGAUGGUGAGCGAAGAGGCCCUUCUCUGUCAGGCUGGGCUGCGGCGCUUAAACAAGGAGGAGGAGACCGUGUGCUGUCUGAGCAAAGCUCCAAGGACAGGGGCAGUAGACAACAAAGGCGGAUCCUCACACCCUCCAGGAGACAAGAAGAGACUCUCCAAAGAUUCCACUGAAUCUCAUCAUAAAGACAGAGUAGCAAAAGGAGAGAUGAAAGCAUCGUCUGCCAACACCACUAAUGCUGCAGUUUCAUUCUCUGCAACACAAAGACAGCAAGACGGCAAGCUUAAACGAAGCUUCUAUAAUGUUUUAAAGAAACAUUUUGCAUCCUGACAUUUAGAAUGAAAUUAUGGGAUUUGCUUGCAUCAAUGGCAACUUUUCAAUAUGUAUAACCCAUGUAUAAAGUGCUGAUUGACACAUCUCUAUAUGAGCUGCAAAGCUUUCCUCCUGGA